AUGCCAGGAGGCGCGGCCUAUGGCGGGUACGACACCUACAUCGACCAAGCUGGUCCGCCCAGCGCCUCGCACAUUACGCCCGCCAGGAAUCCAAGUCACCAAAUGCAGGUCCCGGGAGCGGCACGAUUUCCCAUCCAGCAAGCGGCACAUCAUUUCGAGGGUAUGCAGGGCGGUGGAGCAACUGACAUAUUUCAAUCGGCUGAGAAUCAGAUGUCUCCGUGGCAUAGUAAUUUUCACGCGCAAGGGCAAGAACAACUACAAGAAAGCCGUUAUGUGACACUGAACAACGCCGCGGCACAAGGGAUUCACCAAGUUGCCAGUACAGAUUACAUGAUGGAAAAUUUUCACACUCGUCGCCAGACGAGCCACGAACUGUUUGGCUACGACAACAAUUUCGGUGUGGGUCAAGGAUCGCGCGAUAGAAACGAUAGUUCGAGUGGAGUUGCGACCGGGUCGUGGGAACACGACCCCAUCCACAGGAGCAGUCA